AUGACUCUUCCGGCCGAUUCUUUAGCAGCCCUCGGUGCGUCUGGUUCCAUCAAGAGACCAGUGACCGACGCGAGCGAUUCCGCAACUGCCACACCCACUCGCCUCGCAACACCUCCCCCUCCCUCCGACAGAGGUCUCCUAGAGAAUCGUCAAUAUUUGGAGAAUGCAAACCAGCGCAAUGUUCAACACAGCAGGAGACCUAGUGAAUCAGCUCGCUCCAGUGCUUUCGACCCCGACGCCGUCGACAGUGCUUUGCUCCGAGAGAUGCACCACCGAUCACAGAGGGAAAGCACCCCUGGUGCCAGCCCACACCGGAAACGCCAGAGGAUCAAUGGUGAUAGGUUUAUUCCGACGCGAACUGGCCAGGACCUCCAAGCCAGUUUCAGCUUGCUCCACGAAGACGGCUCUCCAGCGACACCUUCCAAGCAGAAGAAGCGUACUCCACAUGGAGAACUACACUUUCAAAAGACUGAGGAAGCAAACCGAACUUUUUCGACCCUACUCCGCGCAGAGCUCUUUGAAGGCUCAAUACCCCAGGCAACGCCGCCAACUAUGUCCCCGGAGCAUACUUUAUCCACUGCAUCACACUCGGCCAAUAUUCGAGAUUCCACGAGGUCUCGGACGCCCCCGAACAACGCUUCUACCAACUCACUUCCAUCCUCUCUGACGCCAUCGACUCCUAACAAGAAUCUAUUCUCCUAUAUGUCACCGCGAAACCUGAGCAAUGCAGGUCAUCUGACACCGUCAAGGACUCCACAGAGUCGGCAUGGCCCAAACCUGGACACUCGUUCCGAGAUCUACAGCCUCUCGCCAGUUCGUUUCAACAGUCAGCAGAUGCUGCUGAGUCCGAGAAGGCAACCUAGGGCAGUCAGCAAAGUGCCUUACAAAGUUCUCGAUGCGCCUGACUUGGCAGAUGAUUUCUACCUCAACCUGGUAGACUGGGGCAGCGCUAAUGUGCUGGGAGUUGGACUUGGGUCUAGUGUUUACAUGUGGAAUGCUCAGACAAGUCGCGUCAACAAGCUGUGUACGCUCGAGGACGACACGGUAACAAGCGUGUCAUGGAUUCAGAAGGGAACACACAUCGCUAUCGGGACCGGCAAGGGCCUCGUUCAAAUCUGGGACGCCGAAAAGACGAGGCGACUACGAACCAUGACGGGCCACACGGCACGAGUGGGUUCCUUGGCAUGGAACACCCACAUCUUAACAUCUGGUUCUCGCGACCGCCUGAUCUACCACCGCGACGUGCGGGCCCCCGAUCAGUGGCUCAGGAAGCUCGUCGGCCACAAACAAGAGGUUUGUGGUCUUAAAUGGAAUUGUGAAGAUGGCCAGCUUGCUAGCGGUGGCAACGACAACAAGCUUAUGGUAUGGGACAAACUUUCGGAGACACCGUUGUGGAAGUUUUCAGACCACACUGCUGCCGUUAAGGCCAUUGCAUGGUCACCGCAUCAACGGGGACUGCUGGCUUCAGGUGGUGGUACGGCCGAUCGCCGCAUUAUUUUCCACGACACUGUCCGCGGGUCAGUUAUCAACGAGAUCGACACCGGCAGCCAGGUCUGCAACAUUGCCUGGUCCAAGAACUCCAAUGAGAUCGUCUCGACACAUGGUUAUAGCCAGAACCAGAUUGUUGUGUGGAAGUACCCCUCGAUGACACAGGUUGUCAGUCUCACUGGCCAUACAUAUCGUGUGCUGUAUCUGGCUAUGAGCCCGGACGGCAGAACAGUUGUAACUGGUGCAGGGGAUGAGACCCUCCGGUUCUGGAACGCAUUUGGACGACGGCCAGGGGCUAGAGAGGAUAGCGACGGAGGGCGACUAUCCGACUGGGGUGUCAUCCGUUAA